UUUGCCUUUCGCUUUGAUUUUUAAAGAAACGAGAACUCUUUCUUUUCUCCUCUGUGCGGCGAUUUCUCUGUGUGUGCGUUCCUAAAUUUUCAUGGUUUAGAAGCUCGAUACUGGUUCGAUUCUUCUUCGUCGCGACGAAAUUCUGUGAGCAUUAAUUCUUUCGAUUCGAAAUGGAGAGAGAUUUCUUAGGUUUGAACUCGAAGAUUGUAUCUAUGGCUUUGAAAGAAGAAUUUGAAGAUACUUCCAAAAAUACAGGUAUGCAGUGGUCGUUCUCCAACAAGGUCUCCGCUGUUCCCCAAUUGCUGUCUUUCAAGGCCGCUCAAGAUGAGAAGCAAAGGAAAAUUACUGUCGACCCACUUGGCCCUUAUUCCUCCGUAAUUCAGAAGAAUGUAGCCUCUGAUAAGAAGCCUGCAAAUCAGUAUGCAAUGACAGCGUAUCGUUUCCAAAACGCCGAGCCUGUGGUUCGUUCCAGUGUUAACUUGCAGCCGUUAGGUGGGGUUCCGAUUCCGACCGCCAUUUCUGUUCCUUUGACGAGCUCUGUAGUCGGUACUACCGAGUUAAGGAAUGCUUCAAUGCCUCCCGGUUCGAUGGCGCAGCUGACGAUCUUCUAUGCGGGAUCCGUGUGUGUUUAUAAUGAUAUUUCUCCUGAGAAGGCUCAGGCUAUUAUGCUUCUGGCUGGCAGCAACGGGCUGCCUCAAACACAAAACAACAUGCUUUCCACAGGUCAGGUGAAAGCAUCAUUCCCUUGUAGUAAUAUUGAGCUCCCUGCUGCCGCUGCUGCUGCUGCUAAACCUAUACAUUCAAAACCUCCCAUGGAUGCCAGUUCUGCUGCACUGAUUGCCUCGAUUGCUCCGACAUUCGUACCUGCAGCUGUGCCUCAGGCUCGAAAGGCAUCGUUAGUUCGGUUUUUAGAGAAGCGCAAGGAACGGAUACACACUUGCCCAUACAGUAUUGCAAAGAAACCAUCAGACUGCUCGUCCACAACGUUGGAUCUGAUGGCCUGACAAAUAGGUGUGUCCUCCAUAUUAGAGAAGUUUAGAUAUAAUCAUCUAAAGCAAAUUUUGUCAAUCUGUUAGCUUAAAUCCAUUCUUGUUUUCGCUUUUCAUAUAUUUUUCUUUUGUACAAUAUUGCUUUGAUUUAUACUUAGAGAAACAAUACUCGAAAAAUUAUGCAAAACUAUUCUGAAUGAUUAUGCUAUGUAUUAUGUUCUUUGUUCAACUUGAAAACGUGACAGAGAAUCAUCCAGAAAAUGUUCAUUUA